ACUCACGGACUUCAUGAUCCUCCAGGAAGCAACGGCAUUUGCCAUAAGCCGAGUAUCGGGUACGAACUAACACGAGAAAAAGGAUUCAUGUCAAAAGGCGCUACAGACAUCGAACUUGCUAAUCAGUCAAUCAUAUCACGCACAGCGCCCCAUAACGAACUGCCAAGACCGAAUCCAGGAGUCUCUGAAGACUGCUCACUUGCAUUCGAUAGUUUAGGACAGUUCACUACUGCAAGCCUCCAAACAAAAGCUACGCCUGAACGGAAAUUUCGAAGUCUAGCGACCAUUGGACUGAGCUUCCACUACACCCUUCCGUCGAGAUUCAAGGUUCGGUUAUGCAAAUACCGUCUUGCCACCCGCUGCCUUCCGUUCUUAUGUGGACGAUAACGUAGCGAUAUGGGAUUCCUCAAUACCGGUCAGGGUACAAAGUCCCGAAAUACGAUAUUGCUCUGUAAAAUACACCUAGAAACUGAGUUUUACGAUACAGAACUCUAAGAUCGUUCUCUGAUCUAACCUAACAGAGUAGUCUUAUAUAUAGCACAUUUAGCACUGCCCAGCUAAACUUCUGGAUGUUGGUCAACAACGAGGCAGUUGCCUGCAAAAAUACCACCAACCCGUCAUAAUUUACGAAUCCAAACCUCUAUUCUCAUAUUAUCAGGCCUCACAUGGCUUUCCGGUGUGACAACGACUCGACCUUUUGGUGAGAAAUGGGGUAUAUAAGUCAGUGUCUCUUCCCCCAUCUUCAACUUCCUCACCUCACCUUCGAGUCCAUACUUCCAUCUUUUGGGUUCCCAUUUCCCUUCUUUUUAUCGGCUCUCGCUCCAUUAAUCCUUACACUAUCGUUAUCAUGAAGUCCUUCCUUGCUUGGGGGGCAGCCCUCGUUGCCUUUUCGGCUCCUCUGAUUGCUGGGAAACCACUUGAAGCAAAGCGCCUCGAUACUACCACUGCGCUCGAGAAGAAGCAGGCCUGCGUCAAUGGGCCUACCAGUCGUAACUGUUGGCUUCCUGGCUUCGAUUCCAACACCAACCAAUAUGAGACCUGGCCGAGUGGUAAGAUCGUCAGAAAGACUUUGACCAUCACCAACACUACCUGCAACCCCGAUGGGGCUGGAGAAAGGGUUUGCAUGCUUGUUGACGGAUCUCUACCCGGUCCUACCAUCAUUGCAGACUGGGGAGACACACUGGAGAUUACAGUGAGAAACCAGCUUCAACACAACGGAACUUCAAUUCACUGGCAUGGCUUUCGUAUGCUUCACACCAACAUGGAAGAUGGCGUCAACGGUGUGACCGAAUGUGCACUUGCCCCUGGAGAUUCCAAGACUUACCGGUUCCAAGCCACUGAGUACGGAACAACUUGGUACCACUCUCACUUCAGCGCCCAAUACGGAGAUGGAGUUGUCGGAACCAUCAUUAUCAAUGGCCCAGCUACCGCUAACUACGAUAUUGACCUCGGCACCUACGCCAUCUCGGAUUGGUACUACAUGACUGCCUACCAAGCAGCUCGCCUGGCCUUCAAUGGCCCCCAGCUACCCAACAACGUUAUCAUCAACGGAACCAACAAGAAUACUGCUGGAGGUGGUCAAUACAACAACGUCAAGCUCGAGCCCGGAAAGAAACACCGACUCCGUCUUGUCAACACUGCUGUGGACAUUGCGACCCGCGUUUCCCUCGAUGGCCAUAACUUCACUGUCAUCUCAGAAGAUUUUGUCCCAGUCGUCCCCUACAACACUUCCUGGGUCCUCCUCGGCAUCGGACAGCGAUACGAUGUCAUCAUUGAUGCCACCCAAUCCAACAGUAAUGGAAACUUCUGGUUCCGUGCUAUUCCCGAAGGUCUGUGCCGCAGCUCUACCAUUGGCAACACCAUUGGUCGUUCCAUUUUCACCUACGCCAACUCGACCUUGGCCGAUCCUCCAACCGAUACACCUAACCAAAACCCGCCAACUGCGUGCAUGGAUCCAAACUCGACCCCGCAGAUCCCAAGAGAUGUACCCAGUGAGACCUUCGCAGCCCAGGCUCGGGAUAUUCCAUUCACGUUCGAGGAAACAGUCGUUACCAACAACGAAAGUUUGGUGCUUUGGACUGUCAACGGAUCCUCCAUGAUGAUCGAUCCCGCUGAGCCAACACUUGAAUAUCUUGCCAAGGGCAACGAAUCAUUCCCUAAGCCAUACAACCUUAUCGAGGUCAACCCCGAAGCCGAUUGGACCUACUGGAUCAUCCAACAGAUCGUUGACGCAAAUGGACCAUCCCCAGUAGCUCCUGGUAUCCCCCAUCCCAUUCACUUGCACGGCCACGACAUGUUUGUCCUCGGUACUGGCGCUGGACAGUUCAACGUCGAGCAGCAUUUCAGCUCUCUCAAGUUCCAGAAUCCACCUCGCCGCGAUGUCCACCACAUUCCUGCACGAGGCUGGAUGGUGAUUGCAUACCCCUCCGACAACCCCGGAGCCUGGCUCAUGCACUGUCACAUUGCUUUCCACGUCGCCAUGGGUCUUAGCGUCCAAUUCCUCGAACGCAAGGACGAGAUUGUUCUUCCGGCCCCCGACAGCGAGUGGUUCAACACUUGCAACAACUACGAGAAUUACAUCCGCAAUGGGCCCGAGUGGCCCCAGGACGAUUCCGGCCUCAAGAAGAGAUACCCUCCGCUAGCUGGCGAAUUUGACUCAAUGGCCAUGUCCCCCGCCAAAUUCUGA